AGAAGAAAGCGGCUUUUCUCUUUCGCUGCCGAAGUCUGUUUUAGUUUAUGCCUAUAGUUUAGGCUUGAUUAGGGAAAAGGAUUUAAUGUCGUAGGUGUUUGGGAUUUCUUCGAUUCCAAGUGUUUGGUUUAGGAUUUCAUAGGAAUCUACAAUCUAGGAAGAUUGGUUGCUGUGGCUUGCCUAUAUAUGAACAUAUAUAUAUAUAUAUAUAUUAUACAUGUAUGUAUAUAUAUAUGCAAAUUGCAGAAAUGAAAAUUUCAGAAAAUAAUAAACAAGAGUUCUUGACUCUGGGGAUCAAUGGCUUUCCAGUGAGCACCGAACCGUAGUCCGGAAGAGGUCUGAAAAGAAGGAGACUGGUGAAACAGGAUGAGCACUAGACUUCAACCUUGAGUUGACCCGUAACUUUAAUUUUAGAAAAAUAUAAACGUUAAUUUAGUCAACACAGUUUGGUUUUAAGUUUCAAUUCCAUAAAUUCUCCUCUGAUUUGGGGGAGAAGAAUUUUGGGCCACUGGAAGGGAAUGAGCUGAAAUGGUUAUCCUCCUUCCCUUCCCAUUCCAUUAAUGAUAGACCUCCCAAAAGUUUAUUUUAAAAUGUAUUUUCUACUUCAUUUCACCCCCUCUUCCAGACUUACAUACCCUUAGUUUGGCAAUUUCCUCUGUGUUUUUCGAAUUCUUUUAUUUCUUUGCCAAGUUUUCUCUAAUCUUAUGCUUUCUGGAUGGGUUGGUUUCGGAAGCCGUACUUAUCAUACAUUAGGUUUCUUUUUGGUGCUUUUUGCUUUUUAUUUGGUUAGAGGUUUCUCCAUUUAUUUGAUUUUUUCUGUCCCCAGUGCAGUGAGAAUUUGACCAUGAAAUUGGACAGUAUUCCUUGGGAAAUAAGUUAAUGGUAACGUGAUUAUAUAUGCGCGCUUAUCAGAUCAGUUAUGCCUUCUUCGUGGUUAAAUUAUGGUAUUUCAUAUUAGAGGUUCUUUGCCGAUUUCUUCCGAUACUGCAAUGAUAAUUUCACCUUAAAAUUAGAUAUCUACUUCCUGGGGAAUGAGUUAAUGCUAUGGGAUUAAUAUUAGUAGUUUGCAUUUUACUUUGGGUUUGCUUUGGUUGUUUUAUGUCAUUUAACAGAUCAGAGGUUUCUCUGUUAUUUGGUUCUCUCUCCUCCCCUCCCCCCUCCCUUCUACCCCCAUCUGCAGUGAGAAUUUUGGAACUUGAAAAAAUUGGAUUUGUGGUUCUUGGGGAAUAGCUUAAUUUUACUACAAUUACAUGUGUCUGUCCUCUCUCUCUCUCUCUCUCUCUCUCUGUCUAUAUAUAUAAUGUACACAUAGUUGUUUGAGACCAUUUCCACGUAUACAAUAAAAUUGCAGCUUAGUAGACCAAAUGUGGGUUUAGUUGUUAUGAUAUUUGUCCCUAUGGUUCUAUUCACAUUCUCUCUCUCUUCCUCUCUCUCUCUCUCUCUUGGGGGUUUGCCAAGGUUAUUUGAUUUCCAAUUCUAGAGAGGUAAUAGUAGUUUCCAUGACCAUGAGUCUUUUGCUUUUUUCUACAAGAGUAGUUAUUUGAUAGAUUUUCCAUUCACUUGGAUUGGCUAACAUCUAGUGGCUAGAUUCAUUUUCUAGAUUCAUUUUUGGUAUACUUAUUGAGAAUCAAGAAUAUCAUAUAAAGCUGUCUCUAUAAAGGUGUUACAGUGUGGUGAUCAACUUAAUUGAUAGAGAUACACAAUCAUAAUUGGUUUACUUUUCUUCUUUUUGUGAAGAUUUGUUUGCUGUUGAAUUUUUGAAAUCCUUGUAUCCAUAUCACUUUUAAAUUUCAUGGGUUCCCAUGAACUCUGGGAACAAGCAUUAAUUAGACUUUGAUGAUUUUGACUAGCAUAUGCUCAUUUGCCUACUGGACGUGCAUCGUGAAUACUACAAAAACACAGACAGUAGAAAAGAAUAUGGUGUCUUUCAUGCUGGUUUUUGAAUGUGUUUUUUAUACAAUUGAAUAAGGACAGGUAAAAUUUUGUCACUACUCCUUUCCUUAGAGAUUAUCUUCCUUGUUUAGAAAAACUUUCAAACUAGCAAAUAAAUCUUUUGUUGUCUUUGCUGGUAGUUUUAUAACUGUUCUUUAUACAUUUGAGUAAGAGAGACGGAUAAUUUUAUGACCAUUUCCCUAGAAAUUACCUUCCUCAGGGUUAGUUGUUUAGAAAAACUUUGGAGCUGGUGAAUCUAUUAUUUAUUUUCCAGGCUAAUUUCUUCAAUACUGUGGAAAAGGGAACUGAGUAAGGUAAAUGCAUAAUAUAUGUCAAUCUUACUUGAUCUCAUGACACAAAUGCUUUCUUUAUGAUAGAUGACAAGCGCUUGGAGAAAUAUGAGCUUUGCUAUCAUACAUAGGGAUAUAGAGAGGGAAUGGGAGAAUCAGGGUGGAUGUUGGUAUUAUUUUUAAUAAUCGGAGAUUCUUGCUCACUCAGAAGAUCUAUACGUCUGCAAAAAAAAUCAGGGGAGGAUGAGGAGAUCAAAUUAAAAUUCAAAUAUAUUAUAGCAUUGGAGCACCUUGGAGCAAAUGAGCAAUGGAGCUUGUGGAGCACUGCUCACAUGGAGGAUUGCUCACUUGGUUUGCUUUGCAUCUUGGUUUUACAUGUCUUUGUUACCAUCUAGAGUAGAUGAUAAGGAUAAAUGGAUACUUGAUGGAGCGAGAUACACUUUUUUAUAAGUACAAGGGGUUACUUUUAUUUACUUCCUUUAUUUUUUUUAUGCAGGAAGACAUUUGUUUUAUCCUCUACCAUAAAAAAUGAGUGGUCGAUUUUCCCGAACAAUUUAUGUUGGCAAUCUGCCUUCAGAUAUAAAAGAAUUGGAAGUUGAAGAUCUGUUCUAUAAGUAUGGUAGAAUACUGGAUAUUGAAUUGAAGAUUCCACCUCGCCCUCCAAGCUAUUGUUUUGUGGAGUUUGAGAAUGCUCGGGAUGCUGAAGAUGCAAUUAGGGGUCGUGAUGGCUAUAACUUUGAUGGCUGUCGUUUAAGGGUUGAACUUGCCCAUGGUGGUAGAGGGCAAUCUUCAAGUGAUCGUCGUGGUGGGUAUGGUGGGGGUGUUGCUCGCUUUGGCAUAUCACGUCAUUCUGAAUUUCGAGGUGUGUACAGUUGCAAGAGAGGAUGCAAAACCAAUUUCCUUCAUUUUCUGAGUUGGAUUUUGCUACUGAAGUGA